AUACGAAACCUUAAAAAUAUUUGUGGGUUUUAUGAUACAUAAUAUGAACAACAUAUAUCGCAACGUAUCUUAAUUGUUGUAACAAUAAUCUGGAUAGUAUAACAACUUACAGUUCUUACCUUUUCAGGGUCCUAUAGGAGUUUUAACUACAAGUGCUGGCAAACCUAUUACCUACUGUGAAGCUACCAGCACGUUCAACACCCCGCUGGUGAACAACGAAUUCUUCAUGGACAUGAUGACUCAUCUCGCUAGAGAGAGGAUUCCCGAACGUAUAGUCCAUGCUAAAGGCGCCGGAGCUUUUGGUUAUUUUGAAUCAACAAAAGAUAUUUCACAUAUCUGCAAAGCUGACUUUCUAAAAAAAGGAACGAAGACUCCGGUAGCUAUGAGAUUUUCAACAUCUCGAGGAUUCAGAGGAAGCAAUGAUCUAGACCUAGAUGUCAGAGGAUUCGCCGUGAAGUUUUAUACUCGCGAAGGAAAUUUUGAUGUGCCUGGAUUUAACACUCCUAUCUAUUUAUAUAAAGAAGCCCUUCACAGUCUGCCUAUCUUCCAUACGUCGAGAAGAAAUCCAGCGACUAACGCUCUUGAUGCCAAUAUGUUGUGGGAUAUGAUAACUUUGAUUCCUGAGUCAAUUCAUAUGAUGAUGUUCGUUUUCGCCGGUUAUGGUCUUCCAAAAAGCUACGUAUAUAUGCCCGGUUUUGGAAUUCAUACGUAUCAGGUUGAAAACAAAAAGAAGGAGCAAUAUUUUAUAAGAUUUCACUUUUUGCCAGAUGGUGGCAUCAAAACCUUAUCAUCUGAAGAAGGUGUACAACGCGGAGCUAUGAAUUCUGACAUAUUGACGAUAGAUUUAUACGGGAGGAUUGCCAAUAAAACGUACCCUAGUUGGACAGUUAGUAUACAAAUAUUAACUUUAGACGAUGUUAAAAAAGAAGGGCCUAAAAUAUUUGAUGUCACAAGGACUAUACCACUCAAAAAAUAUCCAUUACAUAAAAUUGGUAAAAUAGUGUUGGAUCGAAACCCUAAGAAUUUCUUUGCGGAAGUAGAACAGAUGGCAUUUUGUCCAAAUCAUUUAGUACCUGGUAUAGUUGGAGCGCCUGACAAACUAUUUGAAUCACGUAGAAUAGCCUACAGAGAUACCCAAUUGUAUCGUUUGGGAGGGAAUUUUAACAGUAUUCCUGUUAACUGUCCGUUCCAAGUCGAAACACAUACGUAUAAUAGAGACGGCGUACCUCCAACAGGAGAUAAUCAAAGAGGCGUUCCUAACUACUAUCCUAAUUCUUUCCAUGGUCCUGCUCCAGUUAUGACAAAGCAUUGUUCAAGUUUAAUUAGCAUCGUAGAGACCGAGGCAUAUAACUUUGACCAAGCUGCUGAAGUAUACGCCGAAGAGUUUACAGAUAAACAGCGAGCUGAAUUAAUUAAGAAUGUUGUUUUUGCGUUGUCUACCGUGGUUGAGCCUAUUCAGUUUAGAGCGCUGAGAUGGUUUACUAAGAUUCAUCACGAGUUUGGAUCUCUUGUAGCACAAGGGUUGAAUAUAACCAUAACGGACAAAACGAUGAAAAAAUAUUAAUAAAAUAAUCUAGAGUAGAUGAAAUAUUUAUGCUGGUAAAUAAUACUUUAAGCUUUUGUUUAUUUCAUAAUUUGAUUAUUGGAGAUUCGUGAUCAAACAAGUACUAUUGUUUCAAACAAGUUUCAAUUUCAAAAUUACCUUAAAAA